AUGUAUUAUAUUGCCUCAGAUAAUCAAAACUGCCAGUUGACGGAACAUCCUAUCAACGUUAAUGAAUAUAAUGUUGAGGGUCUUAGUAAUAUCGAGGGUGUUUCUGGGUUCUAUUCUCAACCUCAAAGCACAGCUUCCUCUUCAGUACCCUCUUGCCAGGUUUCUAAAAUUAGUAUUGGGAUUUCUGGCUCUGAUGCAAUUACCAGCGCCACUGCUGCCGAUAAUAGUGGUAAUGGCAAUGGAAAUGGUCUCGAAGAACUGAUCGCUUUUGAGCCUCCUAUAAUAUUCUCACGUGUUGGUAUCAAAGAUAAACGCUCUGUACCUGGAUCUCAGACUUCUUGUGUCUCCACGACAUCCAUCUCUCAGCCUCAGCCAGCUGCCUCUCAAGCAUUAAGUAUAUCCUCAACCUCAUCAACCUCAGCUGCUCUCUCCGUUGGUUUAUCCGUAGAUAAUUCAAUACCAACAUUGUACACCUCAUCUACCGGUAAUUGUUCUUAA